AAUUUACAGUUUAGCAUUGAACUUGGUCGGGAGUUCGCCAAAAAUCAAAUCGCGCGUCGCGUUGCGUAGCCGACCCGUUAGCAGUGUGUAGAACAGUAAGAGUUUUAAAAGUUUUUCUAUUAGUAAAAGUUUUCAUUCGCAAAUCGCUCAAACAUGCUGCUUCAUUUGUGCUCUGUUGUGCUGUUAGGCCUCGCACUGGGCGCCAAUGGUGCCUCCAAUUUCCCUGCUGAACUGCCGCGUUGCCACUACUCUGACACGCAGUGCAUCAUCAAUGUGUCGCACACACUGGUGCGACAAUAUGCUCGCACUGGCUAUGCGCCGGCCGCAUUUCCCCAAGUGGAGCCCUUCCUGGUGAAGCGCUUCGAUAUCUCUGAUGGACGCAGUGGAUCGCUGAGUCUCAAACUCAGCUUUGCCGAUGUCAAUGUGGAGGGACUAUCGAGCGUUAAGUUCGAUAGAGCGGUUGGCUUUGAUACCAAUCCUGCGACCAGCAAAUUCGAGAUGUACGGCUCCUUCCCCAAGGUGGUGUUGCGUGGCAAGUAUGUGGCCGAUGGACGUAUCUUGAUUCUGCCCAUUCGCGGCGAUGGCGACGCUGACAUCACUCUGCACAAUCCCAAGUUCUCGGUGAAGUUCAAGCCGGGCACUCAGGCGCGCAAUGGCAAGACCUAUCUUAGUGUGGACAAGCUUAAGGUGCUGCUGGAGCCACAGAAGUUGAACAUUAAGCUGACGAAUCUGUUCAAUGGUGACAAGGCGCUGGGCAACAAUCUGAAUCAGUUCCUCAACGAGAACUGGUCGGAUGUCUGGAGCGAGUUGCAGCCGUCGGUUCACGUGGCCAUUGCGGAGAUUAUGAAGAGCAUUCUGUCCACACUGUUCAAGCGUUUCCCCUACGAGGAUCUCUUCCUGGAGGACUAAACAGAUUUCAGCCAUUUCACAUAAAAUAUAAAUACAUAUAUGUAUGUAGUUGUAGUCUUUAGCUAUUAGCGUGUGCGUGUACGAGUAUUUUUGGACUGUUUGCUGUUUAAGUAAAGACUUAGUUUAACACUAAAUAAUAAACAAACUCAAUAAUGGAAGAUAAA